CUACAAGUCUUGACAGGAAAGAUAGGUACGAAGUCAAAAGACAAGAAAGCUUAAGGUUCAACCGCGUGAAAACGUUAAUCAAAAUGGCUGUGAAAGUGAAGACACUGUACUUAACAAUAGUCUUGGUGGCCUUGCUUACCGAGAUGGUAAAUUGUCAGAAGGGGCCUUCAACAUCGUCAAGCGACGCAAAGAAGACAAAAAUGGAUCAGUCAUGUGACAAGUGCACAUGUAUCCCCGGCAUACCGGGUACUCACGGCAUACCUGGUACCCCCGGAACAGCCGGACGUCCGGGAGACGAUGGACAAAAUGGAGUUAAAGGUGAACCAGGCCCAAGCGGACCAGCAGGACCGCGUGGUUUUAAGGGUAAUUCGGGUUUUCCUGGUAAGACAGGCUCUCCAGGAAAACCUGGCAAACCUGGCUUUCCAGGUAAGACUGGUCCAAGAGGUAAACCGGGUUUUCCUGGUCCGAGUGGUAAGCCUUGUCCAAAGGGUGCACAUGAUCAAUGGCGAUAUCAAGCUCAGAAGGGUGAUAAGGGAGUGAAAGGCAGUAAAGGCAACAAGGGAGAGGCAUUGUACUUUAAAGCAAUGAAAGGCGAGAAAGGAGAGCCAGGGAAUGAUGUCUCUUCAUUCUUAAACUGGCACCAUUGCUUGUGGAACAGAGAUGAUCGUAUUUCAACAAGCAAAAAAGGCACUGUUGUUCAGGAAUGUAAUUAUGGAAAAAGGCACCACAACACUGCCCUCAAGGUGUCAUUCCAUGGCAACCUGGGAGGAACUACCUGUAAGAGAUGGUAUUUCAAGGUCAAUGACCAGGAAUGCUCUGGUUCUCCUAUUGAGGCUUUGAUUUACCCACCACCUAACAACCACCCCAAAACCAACCACCAUUUGAUCCAGGGUUUCUGCCCAAACGUACCAGCAGGUGCUACAUCUGUUGCACUGUGGGUUGGUGACUGCCCGGGAGUGGUCGGACGCAGGAACAGUACAGCAUAUUGUGGAAAUAACUCUUCCUCUACCAUCAUGAUUGAAGAAGGACCAAUGACAUUUUAUUAACCAUGAACGUGUCAUGUGACCUCACUAACCUAUCAGAACACUGCAUUGCAUUAACAUUGAAGAUUGUAGUUGAGUUGGUACAUCAUUGAAAAGCAGUUGUCUCCCUAGCAACACAGCAUUAUCAGUGUGGCUAUAUAACGGCACUGGAGGAGAUUGCUAAAGGCAUCAACAGCGUAAAAUAGAUUGUUCUUUAACUAUAAAUGUGACUGAGACACAUUAAUCUUUCUGGAGGUUAAUGUCCUUGUCCAUUACCCUAAUAUAUGAAUAUCUAAUGCAUCCCAUCAUUAAAGGGACACUGUCAAUGGAUGACAUGCGCGGUAACAGUCUCACCUCUAAYGRAYUUUGAAAGUAUUMCCUUCGAGGUAAAUCAUUUUGUGGUGCUUUUGACACACUUUGGAAUAUUCUAGAUCUGUUUACGUUUACGAGCUGAUUUAUGUCGCGCCAACUUGAAGUCAUAAAAUAAACUUGAAAACACUAGCCUAGUGUUUUUAAGUUUACUCGCGCAUGCGUGCCAUUGACAGUGUCCCUUUAAGUAGUAAAUGUUUUUGAAUUCGCAUACUGCUGUCAGGGCUGGUUAUUAAGCUGAUAGUGUAGUCAUGUCAAUAAAUUAAGUAAAUGAGGUGCAUGUAGUGCAUGGAAACAUAUUUUAUAUCUUACCAUUUGAUAAACCACAUACACAUAUAUCAGUAGAAAAUAAAGUUUAAUACACCCAAAA